GACAGGGAGGCAGCUGGGGCUGAGCACGGAGCUGAGGCUGGAGCUGCGGAGGAAGAUGCCGCAGUCCAGGGGGCCCCGCCUUGUCCCCCCGCUGCUGGUGCUGCUGCUGCUGCUGCUACUGCUACCCGAGGCACUGUCCACAGCUGCCAACCAAGCAUCUGCCAAGAUCAAGAGGCCCAAGGAGCCUGGGGAGAACAGAAUCAAGCCGACCAACAAGCGAGGGAAGCCCACCCUGGCCCCAGGGAAGGACAGGGAUACCGUGGGCUCCGUCCCCAAGACACCUUCCAUCAUGAUGCAGGUGAUGGAGAAGGGGCGCUUCCAGAAGCCGGCCGCCACGCUGAGCCUGACCGCCGGCCAGACCCUGGAGCUGAGGUGUAAGGGGAACUCCAUCGAAUGGCACUACCCUGAGUACCUGGAUAUCUUCAAGGAUUCCCGGCUCAGUGUGAAGCAACACGACCGUUACGGGCAGCUUAUCCUGGUGAACGCCACGGCAGCCGACACUGGGGAAUACAGCUGCUGGCUGCAGGUGUGCAGUGGCUACGUGUGCAGGAAGGAUGACACCAAGACAGGGGCCACCUACAUCUUUUUUACAGAGAAAGGUGAGCUCUUCGUGCCUUCUCCCAGCUACUUCGGCGUGGUCUACCUGAACCCAGACAGAGAAGCCAUCGUCCCCUGCCGUGUGACCGUGCCAUCGGCCAAGGUCACCCUACACAGGGAAUUCCCAGCCAAGGAGAUCCAGAGCAAUGGCAGCAUCAUCUAUGACAUGAGGAGGGGCUUUGUCUACCUGCAUCCUCAGCCUGACCACCAAGGGGUGGUCUACUGCCGGGCAGAGGCCCACGGGGCCCCCCAGAUUUCCAUCAAGUACCAGCUGCUCUAUGUUGAAGUCCCCAGCGGGCCCCCCUCCACCACCAUCGCGGCGUCCUCCAACAGAGUGAAUGGCGGGGAUGACAUCACCGUCCUCUGCACUGUCCUGGGAGAGCCAGACGUCGAGGUGGAAUUCCGGUGGAUAUACCCAGGGCUGAAGGAUGAAAGGCCCGUGAUGAUCCAGGACUCAUGGAGACUGGUGAACCGUGGCGUUGGGCGCACCACGCGGCUGUCCCAGAGUGUUCUCACAGUGCAAGACUUUGAGACCAUUGACGCCGGCUACUACAUGUGCACGGCGCAGAACCCGAGGGGGCAGACCACGGUGGCCACCGCUGUGCAGCUUUCCUGAGGCAGCCGCUGAAUAGACACUCAGUCAUUCAAGGCCAGGUCUUGUAGAGGGAGCUUGAAAGGCUAAUGACUAAUGAUGUAGCCAUUGGAGUUUGCAAGGUGCUUUACAAAUAGUGUCUCCUUUAAGCCUCACCACUGUCCUGGGAGGUAGGUGCUAUUCUGAACCCCAUUUACAGAUGGGGAAACCAAGGCAGUGCGGUCACGGCUCUGCCACCUUAUUUGGAUCUGUGCUUAGCCAAGGCUGCUGCCAAACUUUCUGUUGCCGGGUAUAGGUCUCAGACGAAGGUCCCAGCUAGACCAGAAGCUAUCCGGUACAGGAAGAGGGUGCCUCCCCUAUUGCCAAGUCUCUUCAUAGGACAUGGUUUGAGGGGGCUUGCUUCCAUGUAUGUGCUUCUGACUAUUGGUCCUGAAUGAACACAUGCAUAUGUAUGUACUCACUGAAUAAAACA